UAUUUAGUAUUUCUUAUGAAAAUUUACUUUAAUGAGAGUAAAGGGGUGUUGGAUUUUAUUUAUGUAGAACUGCAAACGAAUGAAUGUUUACUGUUAAGUGGAAUUGUGUGAUUGAGUGUUUGCUGCUUAUAUGGUGCUCAAUUUGUCGAAUUAUAUAGACACCCUUUUGUUAUUGUCUAAGAUUUUAGGGGUAAGGCUGCAUACAUUUUAUAUCGGGUUGUAUCCUUGUUGCUGUUGUUGUUGUGCUUGGGGUGUGACAGGACUAUGUAGAUGCUUUGGAGAAAUAGUAGCAAUAAAUUUUAUGAAUGUUUUAAGUUGUUAGAAAUUGAUUAUGUGUUUUAAGUUAUGUAAUUUGUUCAAGAGGGGGAUUUAGGGUGUUUAAUUGGUGACGGCGAAGAAAAGUAUUCUGAUUCUCUAGAGAAGUAUAUAGAAGUGGGUGAGGGUCGAUUUAUAUGGGCCCAAACAGACAUACAUUUAGGAUUUCAGGCUGUGUUCUGUUCAAUUUAUCUAUGUUGAAUUGAUUAAAAUUGAUCUUUUUUUGUGCUUAACUGAGUUGAAUUAUGCUUAUUUGUUUGUUGUUUUUCAUCUAAUUUCUGUUGAAUGGAGCAUUGGAACUGUACUGAAUCCAUUUUUGCCAUCUGUGCUGAAGGAAUAUUUAAUUUAGGUGAAAAACAAGUCCUACCCCGGGUCUUGCUUUUGUCAUUCUAUUGGUCAUUAUAUUGUGUAUACUAAUUAUUUGCCAGUCUCUUGCUGAGUGCUUGCAGUGACAUCUAAUACAGGCAUGAUGGACAACUAUGAGGAACACAGUGGUGAUGUAUAUGAUGAUUGUUUGAUCAAAUUGAGGGUCAAUCCUAAAAGGAGACGGGAUAAAGUUUAUGUUGGUUGUGGAGCUGGCUUUAGUGGUGACAGGCCAAUGACAGCUUUUAAGUUGCUUCAAAGUGUGAAGGAGCUUAACUAUAUUGUACUUGAGUGUCUUGCUGAGCGCACUCUAGCUGACCGAUACAAGGAGAUGAUAUCUGGGGGAGAUGGUUAUGACCCACGCAUUUCGGAGUGGAUGCACUUGCUUUUACCUCUGGCUGUGGAAAGGGGAACAUGCAUAAUUACAAAUAUGGGUGCAAUGGAUCCAAUUGGUGCUCAGAUAAAGGUCCUUGAAAUUGCAAACAGCCUGGGGCUUAGUAUAACAGUUGUUGUUGCACAUGAAGUUGCCUUCAAAGAUCCAGGGUCAGCAUCCUCACAUAAUAUGUCUUUUGUCAUGGAUGGUGGUAUUAGCACAUAUCUAGGUGCGGCACCAAUUGUCAGGUGUCUUGAGUUAUACAAGCCAAAUGUCAUCAUUACUAGUCGUGUAGCAGAUGCUGUCCUAUUCUUAGGUCCAAUGGUUUAUGAGCUGGGCUGGAAUUGGGAUGAUCUGGAGCAACUAGCACAAGGAGCUUUAGCAGGCCACCUAUUAGAGUGUGGUGGUCAGCUGACUGGUGGUUAUUUUAUGCAUCCAGGAGACAAACACAGAGAUAUAUCUUUUCAGUGUCUUCUGGAUUUAUCACUUCCAUUUGCUGAAGUCAAUUACCUGGGAGAAGUAUGUGUGGCCAAGGCUGAUGGCAGUGGUGGUGCUCUGAACUUUAGUACUUGUGCUCAGCAGCUUCUCUAUGAGAUUGCAGAUCCAAGUGCUUAUGUCACUCCUGAUGUGGUCUUAGAUAUUCGUGAUGUUACGUUUGAUCCCUUAUCCAGCAGCAAGAUUCUCUGCACUGGAGCAAAACCCUCAGCUACAUCAACUCCUGAGAAACUUCUGCAACUAGUACCAAAGGAGUCUGGAUGGAAAGGCUGGGGAGAGAUAUCUUACGGAGGUUAUGAAUGUGUUAAACGUGCAAGAGCAGCUGAGUAUCUGGUUAGAUCUUGGAUGGAAGAAUCAUAUCCAGGCAUUAAUAGCCGUAUAAUUUCUUACAUUAUUGGAUUUGAUAGCCUGAAAGCAGUCUGCAAUGAAAGUAUUACAUCAAUAGCGGCUGGGUGCCGAGACAUAAGGCUACGCAUGGAUGGACUUUUUGAGGUUGAGGAGCAUGCAAUCAAAUUUGUCAGAGAAUUCACUGCUUUAUAUACAAAUGGGCCUGCUGGUGGAGGUGGUGUAAGUACUGGGCACAAGAAAGAAGUACUCUUGGUAAAACAACUGGUUGGACGUGAGUCUAUUUUCUGGCAUAUUAGGGCUAAGAGUACAAACAUGGCUAAUAUACAUGGCCAUGAACACAAGACGAAGAGACUAAAAGUGCCAACUUCCAUUUCAGACAAGCAAGAAAGUUCUUCUGUAUGAAGUUGCACAUGUCAGGGUCGGAGAUAAAGGCAAUGACAUGAACUUUUCCAUUAUCCCCCAUUUCUUUCAAGAUAUCAGUAGGUUGCAGGUGAUAAUAAGUCCUGAAUGGGUGAAGAAAGUGUUGUCUACUCUAUUGAACCCUUCUCCAUUUCCGCACCCAGAUGCCAUUUCAAAGAGAGAUAAAUGGGUCAAAGAAAAUGUUAAAGUUGAGAUUUAUGAGGUCAAG